AUGCAUAAUAAAAGUCUAGAAAUUCUAACAUAUUGGAAGUGUUUGAAGGCAUCAUCACAGAGUUCAAAAGGCAAAGGACCCAUAGCGCCAACACCGCUAGCAGUUGACGUUCUGAUACAACAGAUGAUAAGCAAAGAACCCAUAACACAUCGUUCUACCUACAAAAGUCCCUUGCGCCCAUCACCUAUCAGUUUAACCAACCAAGCUGUCGCAUGCAUGAGCCAUUCCAGUCAUGCGGACGAGUAUCCCAAAGCGUUGACUGUCCCACCAUGA